AGCGCAGAGGGGUGGAGCCCUGGCGCCUCUAAAGCCCACCUUCUCAAAUAAAUACAGGUCGUAACAGCCCACUCAGCAGGCGGAACUAAAUUUAUGGUGAUUCAAAGUGUCGCGGGAACCUCGAAAGUGGAACCCUACGUUAGGAGAAGAUGACCCGAAGGUGUUCUGCAGUGGGCUGCAGCACCAGUGACACCGUGCUGAGCCGCAAGCGCGGCCUCUCCUUCCACCAGUGCGUGUGAGAGCUGCCUUGGAGCCACAGACUCCUCGGAGGGCCUCGCGGCUGCGGGUCAACCUGGAAUGGGCGGGGUGUCGGGCAGUCCAUGUGACCUGCGUAAUGGGGAGCGGAAAUGGGGGCCUUGAAGUUAGGGUACUUCCGGCGCGUUUUGCUGAGCGGCGACGUAAAGAUUGUUGUCUCUCAUGUCUGCACGUCGUGCGGCUUUGAGGUUACUUUAGCGAGGUCCUCGUUUUCUGAGGUAGUCCUGGGGUCUAAAGUGAAGUGCCCAGAAGACUACGCGAUGGGCAAGAGUGUACGCGUGCGCUUCCAUGGCUGAGCUAGAUUUCUUAGCAAACGGGAGGAUGGAUGUUUUCGUCUCUGCUGCCUAACAUGCAGUUGCCAAGGCCGAUUUGAUUGUGGCUAGAUUAGAUCUUGGCAACCAUUUGUCUCAAGAGCGGGUAGAACAACGCCUGGCAGUGCACAUUUGUAAUCCCAGCAUUCUGGAGGCUGAGGCAGGAGAAUCUUCAAGUUUGAGGCCAACCUGACGUACACAGCAAGCCUAUGAAUAAAAAAAAAAAGUUAGAAUGGGGUAAUAUUUGAGAAUGGUCAAAUCUGAAGUCGUGGUACCUGUUGGAGAUUUCCAACUGACACUAUUCAGCGCUCAAAAUGGAUCAGGGCUGUGAACCGUGUGGACCCCAGAAGCAAAAAGAUUUGGAUUCCAGGACCAAGUGCUAUACUGUGUUCCAGGCAUUUUCAAGAAAGUGACUUUGAGUCAUACGGCGUAAGAAGAAAGCUGAAAAAAGGAGCUGUGCCUUCACUUUCCCUAUGCAAGGUUCCUCAAACUGUAUCUCUUACUGUUAAAGCAAGUCACAAGAUCCGGAAACAGCCAUUUCCAGAUGAUUCUGAAGAGGUUGCUUCUGAAGACCAUAACUAUAGUUUAAGAAAUCCCUGGACAGCAGGUUCAGAGAAAUUGGCAGAGGUGCAACAGAUGUUACAAAUGUGCCCCCCAAAAAUGGUCUCUGUAAAAAACUACAGGAUGAUCAAGAGGAGGAAGGGCUUGCAGUUAAUUGAUGCACUAGUAGAAGAAAAACUACUUUCUGAAGAAACAGAGUGUCUGCUACGAGCACAAUUUUCAGACUUUAAGUGGGACUUGUAUAAUUGGAGAGAAACAGCUAAGUACUCCACAGAAAUGAAACAGUUUGCAUGUACACUCUACUUGUGCAGCAGCAAAGUCUAUGACUACGUAAGAAAGAUUCUUAAGCUGCCUCAUUCUUCCAUCCUCAGAACUUGGCUGUCCAAAUGCAAACCCAGUCCUGGCUUCAACAGCAACAUUUUUUCUUUGCUCCAAGAAAGAGUAGAGAGUGGAGACCAGCGUUAUCAGUAUUGCUCAUUGAUAAUAAAAAGCAUACCUCUCAAGCAGAAACUCCAGUGGGAUUCCAGCACUCAGAGUUUACAAGGUUUUAUGGACUUUGGUCUGGGGAAGCUUGAUGCUGAUGAAACACCACUUGCCACAGAAACUGUCGUGUUAAUGGGAGUGGGUAUAUUUGGGCACUGGAGAAUGCCCCUGGGUUACUUUUUUGUGAACAGAGCAUCUGGAUAUUUGCAAGCUCAGCUACUUCGUCUGACUAUUGGCAGGCUGAGUGACAUUGGGGUCACAGUCCUGGCGGUUACAUCCGAUGCUACAGCUCACAGUGUCCAAAUGGCAAAAGCCUUGGGAAUACAUAUGGACGGAGACAACAUCAAGUGCACAUUCCAGCAUCCUUCAUCUUCUAGCCAACGGAUUGCAUACUUCUUUGAUUCUUGCCACUUACUGAAGUUAGUAAGAAAUGCAUUUCAGGGUUUUCAAAGCAUUCACUUCAUUAACGGUACAGCACAUUGGCAGCACCUUGUGGAGUUGGUAGCACUUGGUGGACAGGAAUUAUCAAUCAUGGAAGGAAUCCCAAGUAAACUUGCAAAUUUGAAAAAUCAUGUACUGAAAAUGAAUUGUGCUGCCCAGCUCUUCAGUGAGAGUGUAGCCAGCACAUUAGAAUAUUUGCUGUCAUUAGGUCUGCCUCCUUUUCAAAACUGUAUUGGUACCAUUCAUUUUUUACGCUUAAUUAGCAAUCUGUUUGACGUUUUUAAUAGUAGGAACUGUCAUGGAAAGGGAUUUAAAAAACCUUUAUUACCUGAAACUUUUAGUGAAAUAAAUCAUGUAUUAAUUGAAGCCAAGACUAUUUUUCUUACACUGUCUGACACUAGCAAUAAUCAGAUCAUUAGAGGUAAACGAAAACUAGGAUUCCUGGGAUUUUUGCUUAAUGGUGAAAGCCUAAAUUGGCUCUACCAAAAUUAUGUUUUUCCUAAGGUUGUGCCUUUUCCAUAUCUUCUGACUUACAAGUUCAGUCAGGAUCAUAUAGAGUUAUUUCUAAAGAUGCUUAGGCAGAGGUUAGUAACCAAUUCAAGCCUUACCUGCAUGACAUUCCAAAAAGCUUACCAUAACUUGGAGACCAGAUUUCAAGAUGAAGUUUUCCUAAGUGAAAUAAGCAUCCUCGACAUUUCAGUUGCUCAAAGGAAAGACUUGGCUCUUCAGGCAGUUCAAUGUCAAUAUGGUGGCAGCAUCAUAAAAUCUCUAUUUCACAAAGAGGAUAUUUGUCACGACUGGUCUGAUUGUUCCCUCAGUGAGGCGUUACUAGACCUGUCAGAGCGUAGGCAAAGGCUUGUCUACUGCACUGGAUAUAUUGCAAACAGGUUGUCUGUUCUUUUGCUAUGUGAAGACUGCAUCAGUGCACUGUAUGCAUUGGAUCCUAAAACCCCUAAAAUUGGGUCACUGUUAUGUGUUAAAAAGAAAAAUGGCUUUCAUUUUCCUUCAGAGAGUCUCUGUAGGGUCAUUAAUAUUUGUGAGCAAGUUGUAAGAACCCACUCAAGAAUGGCAAAUUUUGAACUAGUUCCUAAAAAGAGGGAAUUGUAUCUUCAACAGAAAAUACUACAUGAACUUUCUGGGCAUUCAAACCUAUUUGUAGACUUAGACAAGCAUCUCUUUGAUGGAGAAGUAUGUGCCAUCAGCCACUUUGUAAAGUUGUUAAAGGAGAUAAUAACCUGUUUCUUAAAUAUGAGAGCUAAUGAUACAGCUCAGUACCCCUUAGGGCACCAUUCAGAAAGACUUAAACAGAACACUUCACCAAAGAAACACUGGUCUUUUUUACAGGAUUAUGGAUGUUCAAGUUUUACCAAUACCAGUAAUAAAUUCAGCCAUCUGUUUCCUUAACAAUGGGUAUCUAUUCAAAUGAGAAACUUAAAAUAUAUUAACAUUUUUAUUAAAGUUCACUUUACCGUAUUUUACAAAUUAAUCAUUCUGCACAGUGGACAAGUUUACAAUUUUGGCUUAAUGCGUAUUAUAAAAUGUGCUCAUACGGACUGCAGGGUUUAUAAACUUUCCUUACUUUAGGAAGUAGUUAAGUGUAGCAUCAUACCACCACCAAAAUGCUACAUUUGAAGUAUAAGACUGAUUCAUGUGACUGAACAACUUGGAAACAUACAAACAUCGACUCUUUUUAGACUACAUUUCUUAGAACAGCUUUAGUUUACAGUUCUUAAGAAUGCCGAGCAUACAGCUUAGCAGCAAAGGCCUAUAAUCCCAGUACUUGGAAACUGAGGAUUUCUCCUUUCUCUCACACCUUGUACUUGGAAGGAUAAAUGAAAAGCACAUGGGUACAUACACCUUCACAAAAGUUGGGUGCCAAGGAAUAAAAGAAGAAACAAGCAUAUUACCUCACAUUUUCAUCAUUGGAUGAAUGUUCAGAAAGUACCAUUAACCCUCAUGAAAACUUAAGCCAGGGGUGCUGGUCGGUGGCAGAGCACUUGCCAAGCAUGGGUGCCAUCCCUGGAAUUAUAAAAACAGCAAAAUACUUAAAAUUGCAAAAGAGAUUGGUGAAAUGAAAAACUAUAUUAAUUGAAAUUCCUCUUCUAUUUUGAUACAGCUGUUUAUUCUACCUCAAAGACACAUUUUGAAGUGUAAUCAAUGUUGUACUACAUUUUACACAAGACCUGCUGCUGAGAAGUCUGAAUAUUGUGCAAUUUUGUUGGUAAAUCACUGCCUUUAACUUAUUGUUUAUGUAAGUCCACAUUUGUACCUGAUCUUUAUUUAUUUAAAGCAAGCUCUAUAUCUGUUGUAUCUAUUGCUCUUUGCUAUUACACCUGGGUGGUGGACUAACAUAUUCUAUAUUUGAAGAAUUUAAUGUUUCUGUACUUUUUCUUUAAGUGCUGGAUCAAUUGGGCAGCUGAACACUGAAGGUGAGAUUCACGAUCACUACCUUUAGCUCAGUUCAUUGUUCUUGCACUUAGGAAAACAUUCAUAGUCUUAUAUCAGAUUUAGUUAGUAUGAGAGGCUUUAAAGUGAAAUUAUUCAUUCACACUUAUACUUGGUUAGAAUAGUUGGUUAUAAUUUUUAUCCUUUUAUGUCUUCAGAAACAUUCUCUUUAAAAUUGUGUACAUACUACUUUCAACAAAUAGUGCUGGAACAACUGGAUAUCAACAUGCAAAACAAAAAUUAAGAGACCUAGAUGUAAGAGGUACUGCUAUAAAACUUAGAAGACCAUAGAGUGGAAAUCUUUGAGACAUGGAUUAAGUGUUGGUUUCUUAGUUAAGACAUCAAGACAUUUUCUUCACAAGCAAGUGAAGAAAAUAAAUUAGACUUUAUCAAAACAAAAGUCUGUGAUUUAAAACAGUACCAUCGGAGAAGACAGUCCAUUGAGUGAAAAGAAAAAUUUGCAUAUUAUUUAUCUUAUAAGGUAUUUGAUUCUAAAAUAUACAAAGUAUUUAACUCUGUAAAAAUGAUAAAUGACCAAGUUUCGAAGUGGGUGAAGCAUAUGAAGACAUUAUUAAAGGAAAUAGUCACAUGGCCUUGAAACAUGAAUAUAUGGUUCUUAUAAGCCAUCUGGGCAAUGAAAAUAAAGUCAACAAUAAGAUGUCUCUUCAUACCAGCUAAGAUGACUGUGACAGAGAGGACAUAAAUACUGGCAAGAACGUGGAGAAAUAUGCUUCAUUCACUGUUGAUGACAAUGGAAAGUGGUACAGAUAGUGUGCAUUCUUUCGAAAAAGGCCUCGCACCUCCCCAAAAGUUGCCUACAACGCAGCAGUGCUCCUAGGCAUAAAACCAAAAGAAAUGAAAAACUAUUCCUAUAAAAACUGGCAUACAGAUUUCAUCACAGCAUUAUGGUACCUAAAAAACAGAAAAACUUAGAUGUCUGUUGAUAAAAAUAAAAAUGCUAAAUCCCUACUAA